GCACGGAGGGAGCGAGACGGAGGGCGCUGAUUGACGGAGGGGGAAGGGGAGACUGGACGGAGAGGAGACGUCCGAGCCAAUGUUUGUCAGUCAGCUGGAGACGGAGAGAGAAGGAUAGAGGGGGGACAUUAAAGGAAAGAAAGAAGAAAGGAGGCUUCGGAGGGCUGCAGACGACCCGCGGAGGCUGAGAGGAGCCUCAACAAGUUGUGUUCGCGAUUUCCCACUGUGGCCAGCAAGAAGAGGAGGGAAUUGAAGAGACUUUGCCGACUUUGUUUCCCCUCCCUCCCCGGUCUCCCCCCUCGGCACCCUCCUCUGAAUGUUUGAAGCCAUGCCCAUCGCGUCGGCAAGCACAGGGCUGCACGAGACCCUGGCCCUGCUCACCUCUCAGCUCCACCCAGAUGCCAACCACAAAGAGGACCUCGUCUUCCUCAAAGAUGUCCUCAGUGAGAAAAGCAUCGGUUACCUCAUGAAGAUCCACGAGAAACUGAAGCAGUACGAGAAACACAGCCCGACGCCGGUGCUUCACAGCGCCUCCUGUCUGGCAGAGGACCUGGCUGAGGAGCUUCAGAAUGGACCUCUGGAGGACGACGAGAGGGAACUGCUUCUCCUGCUGAGCACUCCUCACCUAAAGGCAGUGCUGUCAGCCCACGACACUGUGGCCCAGAAGAACUUCGACCCGGUGCUGCCGCCGCUGCCGGAGGAUCUGGAUGACGACCUGGAGGAGGAGUCGGUGAAGAUCGUCCGCCUGGUGAAGAACAAGGAGCCCCUGGGAGCGACCAUUCGGAGGGACGAGGCGACGGGAGCUGUAAUCGUGGCCAGAAUCAUGAGGGGAGGGGCAGCUGACCGCAGUGGUCUGGUGCAUGUAGGGGAUGAGCUUCGAGAGGUCAACGGAAACCUGAUUACCCACAAGAGGCCAGAUGAAAUAAGUCAGAUUCUGUCCCAGUCACAAGGCUCCAUCACUCUGAAAAUCAUCCCAGCUGUUGUGGAGGAAGACAACCUGAAGGAAAGCAGGGUCUACCUUCGCGCUUUGUUCGACUACACCCCCUUUGAGGACAAGGCCACGCCGUGCCAAGAGGCGGGACUUCCUUUCCAGAGGGGAGACAUUCUUCAGGUGGUGAGCCAUGAGGACGCCACCUGGUGGCAGGCCAAGAGAGUUGGCGACUGUAACCUGCGCGCCGCCCUCAUCCCCUCCACACUGUUCCAGGAGAGACGCCUCAGGUACCGGAUGAAAAUGGGUUCCUUUCCUUCUCCCGUGUCCCCGAAACCUCUGACAUACGAUCGCGCUGACAGAGAGGACUGGGACAGUGAGGGCGCUCUGAAUGGAAAGGACAUAGUUUCUCUCAAGAGUAAGGCAGCCCCUGCCUUCUGUGGCCAUGCUUUCUCAUGGGAUUUUUACUCAGCCAGCCUGCGCAGAAGUCUCCGCCUCAGGAGGGAUCGCCAGGGUUCACCCGGAGAAGCUCACACUCCAGAUGCCAAUCACGCCGACUUUCUGAUUUAUGAGGAGGUAACACAGUACCUGCCCCGACCCGGUGAGAGGCCGCGUCUCAUAGUACUGAUAGGCUCCCUGGGAGCUCGGGUCACUGAACUCAAGCAGAAGGUGAUAGCUGAGAACCCUCGACGCUAUGGUUUGGCUGUGCCUCACACCACCCGAGCCAGGAAGAGCCACGAGCGAGAAGGAGUGGAGUACCACUUCAUCACUAAAGCAGCUUUUGAGGCCGACAUCCAGUGUGGCAAGUUUAUUGAAUAUGGGGAGUAUAAAGAUAAUUUGUACGGCACCAGUUUGGAGUCCAUCCAUCGAGUUUUGGAUCAAAACAAAGUCUGUCUAGUGGAUGUGCAACCAGAGGCACUGAAGACUUUACGUACUGCCGAGUUCAAGCCGUAUGUCUUCUUUGUGCGACCUCGCAUCUUUGACAAUCAAAGGAAACCACUUGGCUCCUCUUCAUCACUUAGUUUGAGCGUCACGGAGGAUGAACUACAGGACAUAAAGCAGUCGGUGGAGCGGACGUUAGAGGGCUAUGGCCAUUGGAUGGACUAUGUCCUGGUGAAAGAGGACCCAGUCAGUGCCUUGGCAGAGCUCCAGGUCGUACUGGAGAGGGUGCAGAUGGAGCCUCAGUGGGUGCCCGUGUCCUGGGUGAGGAGCUAGUCUGCUGAACUGAGGCCAAAUGCUUCAUAUAAAAAAAAAAGAAGAAGAAAAGUAGACCCCUGUGAGGAUAGAUAACUGGAGGGAUCCAGUGUUUACUGCCAGACACCCAUUCCACAGAUACAGGUUUGUGCGUGGAGUCAAUGUCAUGAAACGAGCAUCAGCAAUCACUGAAAGCAGUUUUUUUUUCCAUCAGUGUGAACUUCAAGUGAGGGGUUCUGAUUAGAUUGAUCAGUGUUAAAUAAGUAGGUCGUCACACAGGUACAGUGCCGUGUACAUAAGUGUAUAUCUAGAUAGUACAGUGGCAGUAUAACAACUCUGACAGGUAUGAAGUAUACACAUGUAGGACAAAGAUCCUAAAGCAUCUGCACAUAUACUGACGGACGUCUGCAUUCUAUCAGCUAUAAUGUAAAGUGCCAUAUUGAACAUGUAAAAACAAUAAACUGUACUAAUCUUACCGUU